AAGACCCGUAUGUUCAGCACAUUGGACAGCGCAUGCUGAGCGCUCAUGGGAUUUGAAGUCAUUUUCGUGAGACUGAGCGUCACUGGAGACCGUUUAGAACUACAAGUCCCAUGAUUUCUUGCGUGGCGCCGCUUUCUCCGUUGGUCGGCAUCAUCGGAAACGGGCCACAAGGCGUCGUAGUAACCAAGCCGAAUGGCUUACUAGAAACCAGAAAUCAUAUUCUUCAAAAUAUUACGCCAAUAACUCAACCCAAAGCUCCUUUGCUCCCUCAACGCUGCGCCGAGUUCGCGGUGGAGGGAUUAAUCCACCUAAACCAACUCGCGCGGCUCCGUUCCUCCGUUCAAGAAUGAGGAUAUCUGCAUCUCAGACCCGGUUGCUGAUGAUUCAGUGAUCCGGAUCACGCGAGGAAUGGAAGAGUUUGCUUGAGGAUCAACCGGGAAUUGAAGAUCUCCAGGCGAAAGUUGAAGAGCAUGAAGACGUUUUUGGGGAAGGUCUGAUGCAGGGCGGUCGAGAAUCGACUGAAGGCUGAAAUCGUGUUGGUUUUCUGAAAACCGACUUCUGCCCUUUAGAGAAGAUUAGGUGUGAGGUUUGUCUCCUGAAGUCUCUGCAGCCCUUUAAAGACGUCCAGACCUUGAAGGUGUCCAGCGUGUUGUAACAUUAGAUGCAUUUUCUGAUCAAGAUCCACUGCUAGAGUUGUUUUUAACGGUGAUGCAUAGAUUCAGCAUGCCUUUUAAAGGCUUUUAUACUCUAAAAACUCAUGCAGUGGUUGGUAGGUGUGACCAAUUGUUCCAAUAUGAACAUUUGUAAUCACUCUUGACUGCAUUCCCUUUAAUCUGGAUCCAAAUUUCAGCAUUUUCCCAUCAUUUUAGCCUGAUUUCUUCAUGCCACCCAUUGGGAUCUUCAGACACCCUUCCCUGUACAGGUGACCCAGCUUGUGUUCCAGUUAUGAUGCCCGUGCUGCAUGCAUGAUCUUCAAGAGGGCGUUGAAUGGCAUUGCCGUAGGGUUGGUUAAAGAUCUGAACCGGUGUCUUAAAGGCUGUAGGUUACAACCCUACAAGAGGUGACCCAUCACCAUUGUGUCUUCGACCCCCAAAGAGCGUCCACUAAAUGACACUUUUGUGAAUGGUAGACCAUUGCAGAUCCUGAGAGCAUGGCAGAUAAGACGGCUCCCCACUGUCAGCUGAGGCUGGAGUGGAUUCAUGGGUACAGAGGACAUCAGUGCAGGAAUAACCUGUACUACACCGCCGGGAAGGAGAUCGUGUAUUUCGUGGCUGGAGUCGGAGUGGUUUACAACACCAGAGAACACACGCAGAAGUUUUACUUGGGACACAACGACGACAUCAUUAGUCUAGCGCUGCAUCCGGAUAAGAUCCAGGUGGCCACAGGUCAGGUUGGGAAGGAUCCGUAUAUCUGCGUGUGGGACUCGUAUGCGCUGACCACCGUGUCCAUCCUCAGAGACGUUCACACUCACGGUGUGGCCUGUCUGGCCUUUGACGCCGACGGCCAGCGUUUAGCAUCUGUGGGACUUGAUGCCAAAAACACGGUGUGCGUGUGGGACUGGAAAAAGGGGCGUGUCUUAGCCACCGCCACGGGACAUUCUGAUAGGAUCUUUGAUAUUUCCUGGGACCCGUUUCUGCCGCACAGACUGGUGAGCUGCGGAGUCAAGCACAUUAAAUUUUGGACGUUAUGUGGAAAUGCAUUGACACCAAAACGAGGGAUUUUCGGAAAGACGGGGGACCUGCAAACCAUCCUCUGCUUGGCAACGGCGAAAGAUGAAGUGACGUAUUCUGGAGCUCUUAAUGGAGACAUUUACGUGUGGAAGGGACUCAACCUGACGAGGACGAUACAGGCGGCGCAUGGAGCAGGGAUCUUCAGCAUGCAUUCAUGUGAGGAAGGCUUCGCCACCGGAGGGCGGGACGGAUGUGUGAGGCUGUGGGACGUGGAUUUCAAACCCAUCACCAAGAUUGACCUCCGGGAGGCAGAGCAGGGUUAUAAAGGUCUGUCCAUCCGCAGCGUGUGUUGGAGGGCUGACAGGAUCCUGGCAGGAACUCAAGACAGCGAGAUCUUCGAGGUGAUGGUGAGAGACCGAGAUAAACCGCUGCUGAUCAUGCAGGGCCACUCAGAGGGGGAGCUCUGGGCCCUCGCCCUGCAUCCCAAACAACCGCUGGCCGUCACCGGCAGCGACGAUCGAUCCGUACGACUGUGGAGUUUGUCCGAACACACGUUGAUCGCUCGCUGUAACAUGGAAGAAGCCGUUCGCAGCGUUUCCUUCAACAACGACGGCUCCCAGCUGGCUCUUGGCAUGAAGGACGGCUCCUUCACUGUUCUUCGUGUCAGGGACAUGACGGAGGUGGUCCACAUCAAGGACCGGAAGGAGGUCAUUCACGAGCUCAAGUUCUCACCAGAUGGCUCUUAUUUGGCCGUGGGCUCUAACGACGGGUUUGUGGAUAUCUACGCUGUGGCUCAACGCUAUAAGAAAGUGGGAGAGUGCAACAAGUCCACCUGCUUCAUAACACACUUGGACUGGUCUGUGGACAGCCGCUUCCUGCAGACCAACGAUGGAGCUGGAGAACGAUUCUUUUACAGGAUGCCAACCGGUAAAUUCCUGCCGAAGGAGGAAGCCAAAGGAAUCCACUGGAUGACGUGGACCUGUGUUCUCGGACCUGAGGUCAACGGAAUCUGGCCUAAAUAUUCCAACGUGAACGACAUCAAUUCUGUGGAUGCAAACUACAGCAGUGCAGUGCUGGUGACGGGCGAUGACUUCGGCCUCGUCAAACUCUUACGAUUCCCUUGUCUUAAAAAAGCUGCCAAAUUCAAGAAAUACAUCGGCCACUCUGCCCAUGUGACCAAUGUGCGCUGGUCACAUGACCUGCAGUGGGUUCUGAGCACAGGCGGAGCCGAUCACUCCGUCUUCCAGUGGAGGUUUCUGCCGGAGGGAGUCAUGAAUGGAGUUCUGGAGCCACUGCUGCAAGAGAGCUACGCCGAUUCUAACAGCGGCGAUUCUGACUCUGACCUCUCCGACGUUCCCCAACCUGAACUCACAGUGUAUAAGGAAGAUCUUCCUCAGCUGAAGAAGAAGCUUGCUAUAUCUCAAAAGACACAAAGAAACCUACGAACGACGGUCCGCCUCCAGCAUUUUCACGGGCUACAGUGCUUGACUGGUGUGUGUCUGUGUCUCAGGUACAGGGGCUGCGACUGCAGGAAUAAUCUGUUCUACACUCAGGCCGGGGAGGUGGUGUAUCAUGUGGCGGCUGUGGCGGUGGUGUAUAACAGACAGCAGCACACGCAGCGCUUCUACCUCGGUCAUGACGAUGAUAUCCUGAGCCUCACUGUGCAUCCGCUCAAAGAUUAUGUGGCCACCGGACAGGUGGGUCGAGAUCCGGCCAUCCAUGUGUGGGACAUCCAGACACUCAAGUGUUUAUCUCUGCUGAAGGGUCAACAUCAGCGCGGGGUUUGUGCUCUAGAGUUCACAGGUCAGAGGACUUUAAAAAAUGUGCGAAAAAACGAACAAAACCACAUAAAAACCAACCACCCUAAUGGUAAAAAAAAAGAAAAAUCGCUCACGAAGACAAAAGUCUCUCAAAAACUGGCCAAAUCCAGAGGACAUAAAGAGAAGAUCUUUGUGGUGAAAGGAAACCCGUUCCGCAUGGACAAGCUGCUGACAGUGGGACUGAAACACAUCAAGUUCUGGCUGCACACAGGAGGAGGUUUAACAUUUAAAAGAGGCAUUUUCGGGAAUCUCGCUAGGCAUGAGACCAUGAUGUCCGCCUGCUACGGACGCUCGGAGGAUCUGGUGUUUUCCGGGGCGACGACGGGCGACGUGUACAUCUGGAAAGACACGACGCUCAUGAAGAGCAUCAAAGCUCACGACGGGCCCGUGUUUGCCAUGUGCUCUCUGGAUAAGGGUUUUGUGACGGGGGGUAAAGAUGGAGUUGUUGAGCUGUGGGACGACAUGUUCGAGAGAUGUCUGAAGACGUACGCCAUCAAGAGGGCGGUGCUCUCGCCUUCAUCUAAGGGACUGCUGUUAGAGGACAACCCGUCCAUCAGAGCGAUCACUCUGGGACAUGGACACAUUCUGGUCGGCACCAAAAACGGAGAGAUCCUGGAGAUCGACAAGAGCGGCCCCAUGACGUUACUCGUACAGGGUCAUAUGGAGGGGGAAGUCUGGGGCCUCGCUGCUCAUCCGCUGCUGCCCAUCUGUGCCACUGUGAGUGACGACAAAACGCUGCGCAUCUGGGAGCUUUCAGCCAACCAUCGCAUGGUGGCCGUCCGGAAACUUAAGAAAGGUGGUCGAUGCUGUGCCUUCUCGCCAGACGGAAAAGCCUUAGCGGUGGGUCUAAACGACGGCAGCUUCCUGGUGGUGAAUGCAGACACGCUGGAGGACAUGGUGACCUUUCACCACAGGAAGGAGAUCAUCUCUGACAUCAGGUUCUCUCAAGAUGCUGGAAAAUACCUCGCCGUGGCCUCCCACGACUCAUUUGUGGACAUCUAUAACGUUCUGAGCAGUAAGCGGGUGGGCAUCUGUAAAGGAGCGUCCAGCUGUAUCACACUCUCUGCAUGUGAUAAUGCAGGAAAACUGCUUCAAGUCAACACUGGUGCCAAAGAGCAGCUAUUUUUUGAAGCUCCACGUGGAAGACGACAAACUAUCAGCAGUUUAGAGUUUGAGAAGAUGGAAUGGGCCACAUGGACGUCAGUGCUGGGUCCCACCUGCGAGGGCAUCUGGCCGACGCUCAGCUUCGUCAACGCCUCUUCACUUACCAAAGACAGGAAGCUGCUGGCCACCGGAGACGACUUCGGCUUCGUCAAGCUCUUCAGCUUUCCCUGCAAGGGUCAGUUUGCCAAGUUUAAAAAGUAUGUGGCUCACAGUGCCAAUGUGACGAGCGUACGAUGGUCCAAUGACGACGCGAUGUUGCUGUCAGUGGGCGGAGCUGACACCGCCCUCAUGAUCUGGGCGAGAGAGGGGAUUGGUCCACGCGAGAGCAAAGCUGUGGACAGCGAGGAAUCAGACGACGACGCUGAAGAGGACGGGGGAUACGACAGUGACGUUGCUCGGGAAAAGAACAUGGAUUACACGACGAAGAUCUACGCUGUCAGUAUCAGACAGAUGACCGGCGUGAAACCACACCAACAACAGAAGGAGAUCCCGGUGGAUGAACGGCCUCCAGUGAGCCGCGCCGCACCGUUACCUGACAAACUGGUGAAGAACAACAUCACAAAGAAGAAGAAAAUCGUGGAGGAACUGUCUCUGGAUCACGUGUUUGGCUACAGGGGCUUUGAUUGUCGAAACAACCUUCACUACCUCAAUGAUGGAGCAGACAUCAUCUUCCACACGGCCGCCGCUGCUGUUAUUCAGAACCUCUCUGCUGGAACUCAGAGCUUUUAUCUGGAGCACACGGAUGACAUCCUCUGUCUGACUGUCAAUCAACAUCCCAAAUAUCUCAACAUCAUCGCCACCGGUCAGAUCGGCGACAUCACCGAUCUGCCAGGCCUGGCGCCGUCUAUUCACGUGUGGGACGCCAUGAGCAAACAGACGCUGUCAGUGCUACGCUGCUCUCACGCCAAAGGGAUCGGAUACAUCAACUUCAGCGCCACGGGAAAACUGCUGCUGUCUGUGGGAGUGGAUCCGGAGCACACCAUCACUGUGUGGAGAUGGCAAGAAGGCUCUAGGGUUUGCAGUAAGGGCGGUCACAGCGACCGGAUCUUCGUGGUGGAGUUCAGGCCGGACUCGGACACUCAGUUUGUGUCGGUGGGGAUCAAACACAUCAAGUUCUGGACGCUGGUGGGAGGCUCUCUGCUCUAUAAGAAAGGAGUGAUCGGAGCGGUGGAGGACGGACGCAUGCAGACCAUGCUCUCUGUAGCGUUUGGAGCCAAUAACCUGACGUUCACGGGGGCCAUAAACGGUGACGUGUACGUGUGGCGAGAGCAUUUCCUGGUGCGCGUGGUGGCUAAAGCUCAUACAGGACCAGUGUUCACCAUGUACACCACGCUCAGAGACGGACUCAUCGUGACUGGAGGCAAAGAGAGACCGACUAAAGAGGGCGGCGCUGUGAAACUGUGGGAUCAGGAGAUGAAGAGAUGCAGAGCGUUUCAGCUGGAGACAGGACUUCCUGUCGAGACGGUCAGAUCUGUGUGCAGAGGAAAGGGAAAGAUCUUGGUGGGAACGAAGGAUGGUGAGAUCAUCGAGGUUGGAGAGAAGAACGCCGCCUCCAACACUAUGAUAAACGGACACACACAGGGACGCAUCUGGGGUCUGGCCACACACCCCUCCAAAGACGUCUUCAUUUCCGCCAGCGAUGAUGGAACCAUCCGCAUCUGGGACCUGGCUGAUAAGAAACUUCUGAACAAAGUGAGUCUGGGUCAUCCGGCGAAGUGCACAGCGUACAGUCCGAACGGUGAGAUGGUGUCCAUCGGGAUGGAGAACGGAGAGUUCAUCGUGCUGCUGGUGAAUUCACUGAGCGUAUGGGCCAAGAAGAGAGACCGCAGCGUGGCCAUCCAGGACAUACGGUUCAGCUCUGAUAACCGGCUGCUGGCCGUCGGCUCGGUGGAGUGUGCUGUUGAUUUCUACGAUCUGACUCUGGGGCCGUCUCUCAACCGGAUCGGCUACUGCAAAGAUAUUCCUGGAUUUGUGAUCCAGCUGGACUUCUCUGCCGACAGCAAAUACAUCGAGGUCUCUACCGGUUCAUAUAAGCGUCAGGUUCAUGAGGUUCCCAGCGGGAAGAUCGUCACAGAGCAAGCCCUGAUUGACCGGAUCACCUGGGCGACCUGGACCAGUGUUCUGGGUGACGAGGUUCUGGGCAUCUGGCCGCGCAACGCAGACAAGGCAGACGUGAACUGCGCCUGUGUUUCUCACGCCGGGCUCAAUGUGGUCACCGGAGAUGAUUUUGGACUCGUGAAGCUCUUCGACUUCCCCUGCUCCGAGAAAUUUGCCAAACACAAGCGUUACUUCGGCCACUCAGCCCAUGUGACCAACAUCCGUUUCUCUUACGAUGACAAAUAUGUGAUAAGUGUAGGAGGCAACGAUUGUAGUGUGUUCGUGUGGAGAUGCAUCUGAUGGGCCUCCACACAGCUGGGAGUCUCUCCUCCAAACAUCAAGCCGGAGAUACCUCCAGCGUCCGGAUGCUGCACUUCUGUUAUGCUGCGUUUUAAUCCUCUAAACCUGAUGGAUCCUGGAGUUCGAAGAGGGUUUUUUAACCAUUCUGUGACGUGCAAUGUUUACGCUUACAUGUACUUUUACAAAGAAAAAAAAGAUACACUCAUAAAUCAUGCCAAUAUUUCAGAAAUAAAUGUAUUUUUUGUUCGGAUUCUGAAGUGCCUUGGAGACACAGUUUUUGCUGAUUUUUCCCCGAAAUGUUCAUAUGCAUAUAUGGUGCUAAAUGUCCACUUAAAGCUUUUUUAAAUUCUUUUUAAAAAAUCAUGCAUUAUGAUUUCCUUUCUUCUUUAUCUAUCUAUCUUUUUACAUUUUGUACAUAAAUGUCAAAUAUAUCCGCUCACUAAAUGCUCUUCCUGUUAAAAAUAUCGAAAUAUCCAAAUACAUGGGACUCAGGAGAAAUAAGUACUGUAAUGUGUAGAUGUUAUAUUUGACCUGUGCUAUUUUUGUUAAAAUAUUUAUUUUUUAUGUAGGUACUUGCGUAUGACGCAAACAAA